CGUGAACUCUGUUUCUUUCUUCCUGCACAAGCAAACCGUAAAAAUGCAGCUCAACGUGCGGUCCACCGCCAGCGGCGCGCGUUCGUCGACGCGCUCACGCCGCAUGACGGCUGUGGUUCAGGCCGUCGCGCAGCGGGCUGGCACCAUUGACGUCCAGCGCAACGAGAACUUUGGCAAGCUGCGCGCUGGCUACUUGUUCCCUGAGAUUGCCCGCCGGCGGAAGGCCCACCAGGAGAAGAACCCCGAUGCCAAGAUCAUCUCUCUGGGCAUCGGUGACACCACCGAGCCCCUGCCCAAGUACAUCGCUGACGCCAUGGCAAAGGCCGCGGCCGGCCUGGCCACCCGCGAGGGCUACAGCGGCUACGGCGCGGAGCAGGGCCAGGGCGCGCUGCGCGAGGCGGUCGCCUCCACCUUCUACGGCCACGCGGGCCGGGCGGCGGAUGAGAUCUUCAUCUCGGACGGAUCCAAGUGCGACAUUGCGCGCAUCCAGAUGAUGUUUGGAUCCAAGCCCACCGUGGCCGUGCAGGACCCCUCCUACCCGGUGUACGUGGACACCUCUGUGAUGAUGGGCAUGACGGGCGACCACAACGGCACCGGCUUCGACGGCAUCGAGUACAUGGUGUGCAACCCCGACAACCACUUCUUCCCCGACCUGUCCAAGGCCAAGCGCACCGACAUCAUCUUCUUCUGCUCGCCCAACAACCCCACCGGCGCCGCCGCCACCCGCGCCCAGCUGACGGAGCUGGUCAACUUCGCGCGCAAGAACGGCUCCAUCCUGGUGUACGACGCCGCCUACGCGCUGUACAUUUCCAACCCCGACUGCCCCAAGACCAUCUACGAGAUCCCGGGCGCUGACGAGGUGGCCAUCGAGACCUGCUCCUUCUCCAAGUACGCAGGCUUCACCGGCGUGCGCCUGGGCUGGACCGUGGUGCCCAAGGCCCUCAAGUACGCCAACGGCGAGCCGGUGCACGCGGACUGGAACCGCGUCAUGACCACCUGCUUCAACGGCGCCUCCAACAUCGUGCAGGCGGGCGGUCUGGCCUGCCUGCAGCCGGAGGGGCUCAAGGAGAUGAACGCCAUGAUCAAGUUCUACAAGGAGAACGCCCAGAUCCUCAAGACCACCUUCACGGAGAUGGGCUUCAGUGUGUAUGGCGGUGACGACGCGCCCUACAUCUGGGUGGGCUUCCCGGGCAAGCCCUCCUGGGACGUGUUCGCCGAGAUCUUGGAGCGCUGCAACAUCGUUACCACCCCCGGCUCCGGCUUCGGCCCCGCCGGCGAGGGCUUUGUGCGCGCCUCCGCCUUCGGCAGCCGCGAGAACAUCCUGGAGGCGGUGCGGCGCUUUAAGGAGGCCUACGGCAAGCGUAACUAGAGGGAGGGAGAGCGAGGCGUGUCAUGGAUUGGAGGGAUGGUGGAGCUAGAGGAGGACGACGAGAGAGGCGGCGUGAGGCGAAGAAAGGGAUGGGGCGCGCUGUGGGGGGCGUGGCGUGUGAGAGUUUGAUCUGUCCGGCUGUCCUGCUGGCUAGCUGGUGGCUAGGUGGGUUAAGCAGAAUGGCCAAUUCGUUUGCCUGCUUGCGUGCUUGCCUGCGUGCGUUGCCCCGUGCUUGUUUUGGAGCGGCGGUGCAGGAGUGGGUUGGGAACGGUGGUGUCACGGCGGGAGGGCGUGCAGAACCAAUUUUGUGUCCAGAGGCUCUCACCCGUACGCAGUGGUGCCCUGAAGGGAGGUGGUGUGGAAAUGCCUUCAGGCGAUGGGGAUGUGGGGUCCCUUGUAACCGAUCCCUAUA